AUGAAAGUCUUGAGGAAUAAUGGAAUCAAAAGAUGUGCAUUUCAAUCUCCAUUCGUUGUUUUAAUAGUUAUUUUGAAGCAGAUAGCAUAUACAUAUAUACAGGGUGGUCAAAAACAGUUGGUUGCUCCCUGUGCUCCCUUGAUCAAGAAGGCUUAUUACAAAGAACUUAUUCUACCAGAAUUUAAAGCUUUUACAAGUGAUUUGGAAGAACUGUACAACAAAUGUAAAACAAUAACUGAUGGCCACGUAGCAACAUAUAUUCCAGAACUUGCCUUAAUGAAUCCUGAUUACUGGGGUAUUGGUCUCUGUACUGUCGAUGGACAAAGAUUUUCAUUGGGAGACUGCACCAUACCUUUCUCUCUCCAGUCAUGCAGCAAACCACUCGUUUAUGGGAUUGCCAUGCAGCAAUUAGGAUCAGAAAUUGUACAUCAAUAUGUUGGUCAUGAGCCAAGCGGAAGGAAUUUCAAUGAAGUCUGCCUUGAUCUUGAUAAUAAACCACACAACCCAAUGAUCAACACUGGUGCAAUAGUAGUAUGUUCACUAUUUCAGACCAUGGUUGGAACUGGUUUGUCUACAGAAAAGCAACUAGGAGUUAUAAUGGAGCAUAUUCGCAAAAUGGCUGGCGGAGAGUAUAUUGGAUACAAUAAUACAGUUUACAUGUCUGAAUUGAAGACAGGAGACCGAAACUACUCUUUAGGUUAUUACAUGAAAGACCAUGCCUGUUUUCCAGAAAAUACUGAUCUGCAAGAGUGCAUGUCUUUAUAUUUUCGGACAUGUUGUGUAGAAGCGAACUGUGAAAGUCUGUCAGUGAUUGCUGCUACAAUGGCCAAUGGAGGCAUAUGUCCCAUAACAGAUCAGAGAAUACUUGAUUCUCAUGUAGUAAGAGAUGUGCUCUCUAUUAUGCAUACCUGUGGUAUGUACAAUUACUCUGGACGAUUUGCAUUUGAGGUUGGACUACCAGCUAAAUCAAGUGUGAGUGGAGCAAUGAUACUUGUUGUACCAAAUGUCAUGGGUGUUUCUAUGUUUGCUCCACCUAUUGAUCACUAUGGAAACAGUGUAAAAUGUAGAACAUUUUGUGAGGAACUUUUAAGAGAAUACACAUUUCAUCCAUAUGAGCAACUUGGACAUGCAAUAGUCAAUAAAAAACACCCUCUAAAAUUGCAUGCAGGAUUAGAUGAAAUGAGUAUAAUAAAAUUACUCUUUUAUGCUGCAAUGGGAGAUUUGCUAGCACUAAAAAGGUUUUAUUUGAUGGGGUUUGAUAUGACAAAGACAGAUUAUGAUGGACGAACACCUUUACACUUAGCUGCAGCCGAGGGCCACCUGGAGUGUGUUAAGUUUCUUUUGGAAGUAUGUAAAGUGCCUCAUAAUCCAAGUGACAGAUACUUCUCCUUCGUUGUAAUGUGGAUAUUUACUGACAUAUUUGUUCUAAAGAUAGCUUAA